AUGCGGACUGGUUUGGUCGGUUGACUUUAAACAUAAAAGACACCAUUGAAGAAAUGAUAAUGGAAAGCAACACCCAUUUGCAAAUGAGCUGUCUAGCUAUUUAGCCAGCUUUUGCUGUUAGCGUCUAACCGGGUGAAUCAUUCUACGGGAACUAACUAACAGGAAGACGAUCCACUAGAAAGCUGAUAUCCGAGCGCAAUCUGAGGGACAGAUAGAGUUGACAGUUGAAAAAAAAGAGAAGAAAAUCACUCCAAUGUAAUAAACCAGACUUUCUUUCUGUGGCAGUGGGCACUGUCACCAGGAAUGGGCUCCACUUAAGUCUGGGAAAAGCAGCAGCACAUGCCUUUUACUCGGACAACAUGAAGAUUCCCAAGUUAGCCAUCCUGUUUAUUCUGGUGGUCGGUACGGUGGCCUACCUGACGUACAUAAGGAGGCCACAGAUCUUAAAAGAGACAAUCUCCAAACCGCAAUACCCUCACUCCAGAACAGACCCGACAAACCUCAGCACUGACCGUUUCCAGUAUGGGAUUAUGAUAGAUGCUGGGAGCACUGGGACACGGAUUCACAUUUUCCAGUUCCUACUUGAAGAAAACGCGACACACAAAUUGGCCCGUGAAACGUUCAGAGCAAUAAAACCAGGUCUAUCUGCAUAUGUGGACGAUCCCGAAAAGUGCACGGAUGGAAUCCAGGAACUUUUGGAGGUGGCCCAGGAGUCUGUGCCGUCCUCCCAGUGGAACAUCACCCCCCUGGUGCUGAAGGCCACGGCCGGCCUGCGGCUCCUCCCCGGGGAGAAGGCCCAACAACUCCUCGAUAAGGUUCGGGAGGUUUUUGAUGAGUCUCCCUUCCUGUCCAGACAUGACAGCGUGUCUAUAAUGGAGGGUACAGAAGAAGGUAUUUCAGCCUGGAUCACGAUCAACUUCUUAACAGGGGGGCUCCAAGGUGGAGAUGGGGCCACGGUCGGCAUGCUGGAUUUGGGAGGGGGCUCCACGCAGAUCACCUUCUCCCCUCAGGACGAGAAAUCCAUCCAGACCUCACCCAUUGACUACAUAACCUCGUUUCAGAUGUUCAACCGCACCCACACACUCUACUCACACAGCUACCUGGGCCUUGGGCUGAUGUCAGCAAGACUCGCGGUCCUGGGAGGAGUGGAAGGACAGCCUCUAGAGGGCAGUACAGAGCUGGUGAGCCCCUGCCUGGCUCCUGACUCCACAGAGCACUGGGAACAUGCUGAAGUGGACUACACUGUGAAAGGACAGAAGGCAGGGGAACCCAUAUACGAGUCCUGCUACAGCAAGGUGGAGAAGGCUCUCUACAAGAAGGUGCAGAAGGCAGAGGAGGCAGAAGAUGCACACUUCUACGCCUUCUCCUACUACUACGACAGAGCCGUGGAUAUCGGGGCCAUCGCUGAAAAAGAUGGAGGAACUAUCAAAGUGAAUGACUACAUCGAAGCUGCCAAGAAGGUGUGCAACAGUAUAGCAGAGACUCCCCCAACGCAUCCCUUCCUGUGCCUGGACCUAACCUACAUAUCGGUGCUGCUACAGGAGCUGGGUUUCCCAAAGGACAAAGAACUAAAGCUGGCGAAGAAGAUAAACAACGUGGAGACAAGCUGGGCGUUGGGAGCGACGUUCCAUUACAUGGAGUUACACUCCAGAGACUGAGCACUCACCAGCACUGAACACAAAAUGGCUGCUCCAUCGUCCCAAACCAACUAUGCUGCAGAGUGGGGCGGCACAAAUCUCAAUGAUUGUAUUCGUUUUGAUACUUGGAAUGUGAGGCUUGUUUUUUUUUUUUUUUUUUUUUUACACAUUGCCAUUACAGGGCAUUACGUUGUACUUUUUGAAAAGGUUAAAAUGUGUUUUGUAUGUUGAAGGAAUGUCAGUUGUUUGGGGAAAACCCUACCCAGGAGGUACUGUGAAGCAUGAAGAAGCUUGACUAAGGAGAGGGGCUUCUUCCAUCACCAUUGAGUGUAAUAUGAAUGUGCAAAUGGCGUCUGUGUGCGCUCACAUUUUAUAAGUAUUUUGGGUUAAAGGUGGAGGGUAACUGGUACAUUUUUUUUUUUUUUUUAGUUUUAAAUGGGCAGUCAGCAAACUGAAGGAAAUUAUUCCCAAUCUCAAACACUUCCAAACACUUUCUCCUCCAGCGUAUAGGAGGAAAUGGACAAUGGCGAUUCUGUAAAGCUCUACUUGCUACUUUCUGAAUUUCAGCAAGCAAUGCUAAGAAUUCAAAUGCAAAUCAAUGAAUAUAUACUUAGAUGUACAUGUUCCAUUCCUUCAUGAUCAUCUUUGACAUUGUGUACUCCAAGCCAGUAUAUCCUUGGGGGGUUGACGGUCUCUCCUUUCGGAUUAAUUGAUAUUUGAGUAUCCGGACUGUCCUCCCACUCACUCUUAAGUGAGAAGAAGAUGCUUAACACCCACAGGGAAGGCCUGACCUUAUAAAUUAUUCAAAAGUAUUCUGUCAUUCUCUUGACAAAUGUUAUUACUGUUGAUUGUCUCCAGCCAAACAGUGGACUUAUUGUUCUUUUCGGUUAAUGUUUACUUGCCUUCUUUUUUUUAAAAUCAUUAAACGGGUUCGUUGGUUACCGCUCCACUAA